CCCAGCAGUGCACCCUCCUGUGCCCAGCAGUGCACCCACCUGUGCCCAGCAGUGUCCACCAGUGCCACCCAGAAGUGCCACUUACCUGUGCCCAGCAGUGCCACCCACUCAGUGCCACCCACCUGUGCCCACCAGUGCCCAUCAGUGCAGCCCAGCAGUGCUGCCAGUCAGUGCCCAGCGGUUGUGCCAGUCAGUGCCCAGCAGUUGUGCCAGUCAAUGCCUAACAGUGCCGCCAGUCAAUACCUAGCAGUGCCACCAGUCAGUACCAGCAGUGAUGUCAGUCAGUGCCACCUAUCAGUGCUUUCUAUCAGUACCCAUCAUCGGUGCCGCCUAUCAUUG